AUGCUGGGCCGCUCUCAGGCCCGUCCUGUUUUCUGCACUGGGGUCAGCUUGCAGGAACCUGUGGGCAGUCUCUGUGCUGCUUCCUGCCUCUCGGUUGGGCCCCGGGGUGGCGUCCCCAGGGCCCUGGGCUGCCUGACCUGGUGGCUGGAGGAUGUUGUCACCCUUGUGGGUCUGCCCCCCUCCCAGCCUCAGCUUCUGGGCCUCCAGACUCCCUCAGUGCCUUCCUGUCCCCUCAAGAACCCCCUGGCCUUUGGCGCCUCCACCCUGCAGGGCAGCUGCAACCAGGCUGCCUGGCCUGCUUGUCAUGACCUUCUGGAGUGUUCCAUCACCCCGUGCUGAGGGGGAGUCACGCACCUCAUGGACCCUUAGCGUUUUAAAAUGACUUAACAAAAUAAGUAAAAUAAAAUGACUUGAGGAGUUCCCUUGUGGGCAGUGAGUUAAGGAUCUGGCAUUGUCGCUGCUGUGGCUCGGGGCGCUGCUGUGGUGCCUUCCUGGCCCAGGAAUGGUCAUGUGCCGCGGGCGCAGCCGAAGAAACUCAAGUAAUAAAAAGUGACUCGACGAGUAAGGCAGUCACGUCUGCGUCUGCCCCACAGUGACAGUUGCCAGCUUUUUGUUCUCCCGAGUAGGGAUGUUGGAAAGAAACUACAUGCGUCCCUGUUGCCGUGGUUUUGUUAAAAAAGAAGACGGCGCUUCUGGAGCGGGUGGGGUCUGACCCCAGGAGCAGGGACAGUCCUUCCGAGAGAAUAAAUAAGCUUCCUCGGGACCCCACGGGAUCGCGCUGGUUUUAUCUCGCACGAGACAGGAGUGGGCUCCGUCGUUUCUGUCAGCCCCUGAGAGCGGGCCCUGUCCCGGACCCCCCGGGCCCCCCAGCACGGGCUCCCAGGCUGGCCCGGGUGAGCUGUCAGUGACGGCGAGGCCUGGCGGCCGUGAGCCUCUGCUUGUCAGCGUCAGCCCUCGGGGGUCGUGGCUGAAUGAGCAGACGGUCCCUCCAGGAGCUCCACACAAGAAGCCGGCCAGUGGGCAGGGGCCCUGUCACCCCCGCCUCGGAGCCCAGCUCGGAGUCUGCAAGGCAGGGGGCCCUGAGCGGGUCAGUGACAAUGGGUGUGGCCGGGGCUGGGCCUGAGCUGUGGCUGAACCCACACCCGGCUCUGGUAGCCUGUGUCCGUGGGAGGCAGGGAGGUUCCUUCCGGGCUUGCAGGUCAAGGGGGUGCCCGGCCCUGGUGCUCUGUGACCCCUGCUCCUCCAAGCAGCUGUGGGGGCUCACAUUGGGCACCCCUGGGAGCUGGGGGGAGGGGCUCAUAUUGGGCCCCCAUGGGAGAUGGGGGCUCAGGGCUCCCGUGGGCCCCCACAGGAGCUGGAACAUGGAGGGGUUCACGUUGGGCCCCCACAGGAGUUGGGGCAUGGAGCUCACGUCAGGUCCCCACGGGAGCUGGGGUGUGGAGGGGGCAUGCAGGGAGGCAGGGAGGCUCCUUGUGGGGCCCAGGCUGCAGGCCCGUCCAGGCUGAGGUCCCUGCUCUCCGGUCUCAGGGCGUCCUGCUCUGGCCUGACCCCGCACUGGUGGGGACCACUCCCGUCGCCUUCCCUCUGGGUGAGGCCAUCAGUUGUGCACCCAGACAUCAGAGCUGAGAGUGGGGCUUCCUGGCUCCUGACAGGGCAGAUAACGAGGCAGGAGGGCCGGCUCCCUGGAGCUCCGCCGGACAUCAUGCCCCCCCCAACCCUGCUUGGGCCACCCUGCUUGGCUCUCGCCCCACCCCAGCCCCUGCGAGGCCUUGGUUCUUGCCUUAGCCCGUGUCCCUGUGCCUCACCCUCGCUGCCCGCCAGCUGUCACAGUUUGCUGGGCGAUGGGGACCAGGCACAGAGGGGCCUGCAAGGCCAGAGGCAGCCUUCGGAGGCCACAGCGGGGUUGGGUGCUGCCCCUCGUGGGCUGGGCCUGGUGGCCCCAGAGAAGCCCUGGCCUCCGCUUCUCACGCUCCCUCCUGUGAAGGGCCUGGGGGUCCCAGCCUCACUCAGGGUGCAGCGGGUGUCCCUGGGGAGUGGUGCUGGGGGCAGGGGGCCUGCAGCGGGCUGGGUUCCCUGGAGCAGGAAACAGGCAGGCGGGCGGCCCCAGCCUCGGGGGCCCAUGGGGGCCUCUCCCUCUCAUAGCCCCUUCUGCGGGCAGCUCUUCCCCCAGGAACCCAUUGAAGGCCACCUCCCUCGGAGGCCGUCCUGAGGGAGGCGGGGACACCGCCCGAGGUGGGUGGCCGGGGUUCUGAUGGUGGCCCGUGUCCCUGCAUGUGCGGCCUCUGGCGGGGGGUGGGGGCGGGUGCAGAGCUGGCAGCUCCUCCUCUCCCUGGGAAACGGCCCGUGCCCGCCGCCCAGGAUGCCAGGCACCGGCACAGGGGGUGCCCACGAAGGCUGCCCCCGCAACGUGGUCGCAUCCCUCUGUUCUGGGCCCCUCGCCUCCCCGCUGAAGCGGAGCUGGUGUGUGCAGCCUGGGCGGAUCUUCCUUCCCAGGAGGCUUCCGCCCCGCUCCUCGUGUGUGACGCAGGGGCCUUUCUGCGGGUUCCUCAGCAGUUCUCUGGCCUGAAGGUGUACCACUCCCUGUGGGCGUGAGGAGCCAGGCGUGCAAGUUGGGUGGCCCUGAGGGGGGCUGAGAGGGGACUGCGGAGUGUCUGCCCAGCCUGCCUCCCAGGGUGCGCUGUCGGGGUCCUGGGGGUGCAGUGUCAGAGUCUGAGGAUGCAGUGUCAGGGUCCUAGUGUGCACCGUUGGGGUCUGGGGGUACAGUAUCAGGGUUCUGGGGGACAGUGCUGGUGUCCUGCGGUGCAGUGCUGUGGCCUGGAGGUGCAGUGUGGGUUCCUGGGGUGCACUGUCGGGGUCCUGGUGUGCACUGUCGGGGUCUGGGGUGCAGUUUUGGGGUCUUGGGGUGCAGUGCCGGGGGCCGGGGCUGGCUCCUGGUCGGUGUGAGCCGUGCCUUUCUUCCUUCUUGGCAGAGGACUUGCACAUCAGAGGACGAAGGAGGCACGAGGCAGGCUGAUCCGGUUGCGUGGCCUGGCGGCUGUUGGAGCGGCUUAGCGCCCAGAGCCCGGGCGCAUGCCGGGCCGUCUCCUCUCCGCCUCGCAGAGCUCAGACCAGCAGCAUCAGACCCACAUGGACCCUCAUCCCAGCCCCGCCGCGACCGCACGCGCCUGCGCGCAGAGACCCCCGGGGCUGUGCUGAGGAACCAGGAUGGGGAGAGUAGGUCCCCCCAGGCCAUCCGCCGUUGUCUGCGCUUAGGGUCGUCCUGGGUGGAAGGGGCCCUGGUCCCUGGGCUGGCCUCACGCUGACUUGUCAGAGCUGCCUCUGGAGCCCAGGGCACGACCCGGGCCCUCCCAGCGGACCAGACCAGGUCCCCCUUAACACAUGGGGAACCUGAGGCAGGAGAGGGAGGGGCUUUCCUGGGGCCACCGAGCGAGAGCAGAGCUGUGGAGUGUCCCUAGGACCUCGGGGUGGGGUUCGCCUGUCACCUGGGGCCCGGGAGUCGCUGUGGCGAGUUGGACAUGAAGUUUGGCUUCCUCUCUGGGGGGACCUUACACAGCCCCAGGGCCAGACCCAAGGCCAGAGGGGUCACAGGUGGUAGAGCUGGUGGUAGAAGCUGGCCUUGGGUUCUGCUCGACUCCAGAAUGUCUGGGCCUCGGCUGGGACCACUCGGAGCCUGGGCGACGCCACAGCCGGCCUGAGCACCGGGAAGCCUCACGGGUGACAGAUGCUGAGCCCUGGGGGGGUCACCCGGAGCCUCUGUGCCCUUGCUCUGGGCACCGCGGCCUCACAGUAGCUGAACUUGUCAGGUGGCGGCUCAGGGCUCCCUGGGGAGGCCUCUGGCAGUGACGGCCGAGGCGGCUCUGCCUCUUAGCGCCUUCUCGGAAGGCAUAGGGUCGCCUCUGCCAUCCUCUUCGGUCAGGGCCAUCCUGAGCCUGUUCAGAUCAGUGAGAAGGGCUCGGCCCUCUGCAAGGUGGGACAAACGACAAGGAACUGGGGUCUGUUUCCACGUCCCCUGGGUCUUCCUGCAGACGGGCCUGUCGUCUGUGACCCGGGCAGUUGCGGGGGUUUGCGUCCCCGUGCUGCCUUCCUCUCUUGUCCCGUUACAGUGGCAGAGACGUGUCCUCGGAAGCUUAGACUGUCGUCCGACUGUGAAGGGCUGCUGGAGGUGGCAGUCCGGGGCCACCCCUCCUGGCGGGGCAGGACGCUGGUCAGAUGUUGCAGGCUCUCUUCAUCCAGUUGAUUGCGCUCCCUUCUCUUUCCUAGCUUUCCUAGAGGUGUUUUUUUUUUUUUUUUUUUUUUCUUUUAUCAGGAAUGGAUGUUGAAUUUUGUUGGGUGCUUUCUCUGCAUAGUCUCUGUAGACGAUUCUCUCCCUUUUAAAUUUGUUCUGUUAAGGCGAGGGUUCCUUUAGUCGACGUUGGCUGCUACCCUGACCUUGCCCUCCUUGGAUGCUGUGUUAUUCUCUUGGUAUACGGUUGGGUCCAAGGUUCUCACAUCUUGGGAAGGGUUUUGGCGGCUUUUUUCUUCUGGAUUUUUGUUUAGGUUCUGGGUCAGGGUCAUGCUGACCGCCUAAAACGCACGUGUCCUUUCUUGUCUGUGUUCUGGAGGAAUCUGUGUGGUUUCGAUAUCACUUCUCUUUUAAAUAUUUGAUAGCGAAGUCACCUGUGUUUGGGGGAACGUUUUUAAGAAAAAAUCUAAUUUCUUCAGUACAUAGAGAGCUGUUUGGGUUUUCUGUUUCUUCUUGAGUCAGUUUUGAUAAUUCUCGGCGUUCAGGGAGUUCUCUUUCAUCCUAGCUGUCAGGUUUGUUGGCAUACGUGACUGCCGUAUUUCCUUAUCUGGACGGGCAGGCGUGGCGAGGAGGAGGGCGGGCCCAGUGGCACCAGUGGCCACGAGAGCGCAUCCCGAGGGGGAAGGACCGCACGUGUCUUGCUGGUUCCGGGGUCUGCUGGGAGCCUGGGAGGAAGGGGCCCCCAGACCGCGCCCUCUGCAGGGUCUCCUCCCCACUCCCGCAGGGUAGCUGCCCCUUUCUCUGCUUGCUGCGGCCCCACGUGGCCCUGGGGCUGCCUGCCCCUGCGAGGGUCCGCCUCGGCAGACGGGGCCCGGCUCCAUGGCUGCCUCUCAGGAGCUUCCCCCUGUUGAACCUGGGAGGGCCCAGGGCCACACCUGCUGCUGCUGUUGGGGGUCCUGCGGGGGCCGGAGAGGGGCCUCCGUGCUGCAGCUCGAGGGUCGGGAGGGGCUCUGGUGCCUGUGGCCCAGAGCCAGGCCGGGGUCCUUCCCUUCCUUGGCCGUGUGAGCCCACAGGAGGCCUGAGGGCAGGAACUGCCAUGUCACUGCAUCCACGGGGACAGUGCUCAGCCCCAAGCUGGCCGGGGGCUGGUCUCCUCAGCCUCUUCCGGGUCCUGAUCAGAAUUGUGAACCAAGAGGCUGGGAGAGACCCUGGGCCCGGCCUCCCUGCGAAAGUCUCACUUUGGCCCCCAGAGGCCUGUGGUCCCACGGCCAUCUCUGCGGCCACCCACCUGCUGGGGCCCGACCAGUGCUGACCCCCGGGGACCUCUCCACCGGGAGGGCUCCUGGCCGGGGUCCUGAUGGUGCAGGUGCCAAGCCCGCGGCUUGUGUGCAGGGUCUGCGGGGCCCACGGGGGAUGGGGGCCCGGGGAUGCUGACCCGAGCUCACCAUGUCACGUCACUGCCCCUCCCCUGGCCCCGCCCCUCUCAUGUCUGUGUGUCCUUCCUCCUGUCCGCUCUCGUUCCUCUGCCCGGCUCCGUGUUUCCUGGGGUCGCCCCUCCCUCCAUGGCCCUGCCCACUCUGCUGCCCUCCCUUCCGUGUCGCCCCCCCUUUCUGCAUCCCCGUCCUCCCCCGCCUGCUCCCUGUCUCUGUCCCCUCCCCGCCCAGCCACGCAGCGCAGCAGGAGACCAACCAGACCGUCGUGGCCAGCACCAGCGCCCUGAAGCAGACGGCCGAGCUCCUGCGGGGCUGCUCCCGGCAGGAGCGCCUUCAGCUGGACCGCCUGAAAACUCAGCUCUCAGAUGCCAUCCAGCGCUAUGGAGUGGUGCAAAAGAAAAUUGCGGAGAAGUCCAGAGCACUGCUUCCCACAGCACAGAGGGGCGGCAAGCAGCAGAGUCCGCGGGCCGCUUUUGCCGAGCUGGCUGAUGACGAGAAGAUUUUUAACGGCGGUGACGGCACGUGGCAGAGCCAGGAGCAGGCGCUGCUUCCGGAGAUCACGGAGGAGGACCUGGAGGCCAUGCGGCUGCGUGAGGAGGUCAUCCUGCAGAUCGAGAGCGACCUGUUGGACGUGAACCAGAUUGUCAAGGACUUGGCCUCCAUGGUGUCCGAGCAAGGAGAUGUCAUUGGGUCCAGCGGCAGCGAGGCCACAGGCCGGCACAGCUCCAGCCCCGAGCCGGCCGUGGCGGCCCUGCUGCCCGGGCCGGGCUGCGUGCCCCUGCGGCCGGGCUCCCACUGCCGCACCAAGACGCGGAAGCCCAACUUCAGCCCCCAGGAGACCGAGGUGCUGGUGCGGAGGGUGACGCGCCACUACCCGCUGCUGUUUGGGGCGCUGCGGGGCCCACCCGCCCGGAAGCACCGCGUGUGGAGCAAGAUCCUGCAGGCGGUGAACGCGCUGGGCUACUGCCGCCGAGACCUGGGCGACGUCAAGCACAAGUGGCGGGACCUGCGCGGGGCGGUGCGCAGGAAGCUGGCCGAGCGCCCCCGCGCCCCCGGCCCCGUCCUCACGCCUGUCGAGCGCAUGGUGGCCGAGACCUUCACGGCCCUGGGCCCCCCAGGCGAGGGCCGGGCCCCCGAGCCCCUGCCAACCGACGAGGAGGACGAGGGCUCCGGCUGCAUGUGGCUACCCCUGCGGACACUGGAUGGGCCGAGCCUGCCUGAAGCUGACCCUCUGGACCUCCGAGGGGCCUUCCCUGCGUCCACCUCCUCGCCCUCUCCGCCCGCCUCCCCGGCCUCAGCACCCGCGGCAGCCACCUUCCCCGGGGCCUCCCGGCCCUCGCCGCCCUCCUCGGCAGCACCCCAGGCCUCCGGGAAGCCGGUGGGGACUGAGGCCUCGGACUUGGAGCAGCGGCUGCUGGACGCCCAGCGGCGGCAGGGCACCCUGCUCUGGUCCUGGUCCCAGCAGCAGAGCGCGCUCAUGGCGCAGCAGAAUCUGCUGCUGCAGCGGCUGGCCGAGCAGAGCCAGCGGCUGGCCGACGGCGUCGAGGCUCUCAACCGGACCCUGGAGAGGCUGGUGGAGGCCCGCCCGGCCCGGGGUGCCUCGCCCGCAGUCCCGGACAGCUGCCCUGGGGGCGGAACAGCCUGCGGCCCGGCCAGAGGCUCCCAGGAGGUCUUCUCAGGGAUGAUUCUGAAGGUGGAGGAGGGGGUCUAGGGUCCGGCCUCGGGCUGCGUGCAGGGCGGAGACGGGAUGGAGCCAGCGCGGACACAGGACAUCCACCUGGGGCUGUCCCCUUGGUCCUGCCCUUGCCAGUGGGGCUCAGCGACGCGCGCGGAGGGGCCUCCGAGAGCUGCUCGGGGACGGCCUGUCUACGGGGGCGGCGCCGGCCCGUGCGCAUCUUCCUCUGUCUGACCCGCGGAGCCACAGGGAGAAGCAUGUGGGCCACAGAGCCCUCGGCGCGCUGCCUCGGGUGUCAGGACCCUGGAGAUGCGGCUCGAGGCGGGACACCGAGAAGGAGGGACUCCUGGAAGCCCCUCCUCUGCGGGUGUACAGCCGGGGCGGCGCGGGCCCUGCAUCCUCAGGGUUCUGGCCCGAGGGGACCACGGCCCGGGCUUGCGGGCAUUUCUCUAACCCUGUGUCGUGGUGUGAGGCAUGUUGACGCGUGCGUGCGUGCGUUCCUCGGUACUGGAUGGCGGGGGGUUGCCGGUUUGUACCUGUUGACUUUUCUUGGAAAAAAAUAUUUUUCUUACAUAAGCAUAAAAUAACCAGAAAGGCUGUGAUGAUAA